AGAAUAGAGACAAUGGAUGCACUGCGCGCCGGGGGCGGGCAAGAAUGGCUUGGGCCAACCCCGGUAAUUAGGCGGGUGCACAGUGGGCGCCAUGGCGGGGACCACUGAGGUAGUAUUUUUCUAGGUUAUUUAGAAGGGUUUGUCCUUGUUAAUCCUAAAUUUAAAUUUACAUCGAGCUUUUAGAUUUCAGAAGAUAUUGCUCCAUUCAGAACACAUAAAGCAUGAGACUAGUGGAAUGCCAUAAGAGGAGGAGGAAAACAGUUAAAGCUGCAGUGCCUGGUGGUUGGGCUUACUGCCAGAACAUCUACAAUGGAGGUGGUCUCAGCAGAGGUGAACAGCUUACUCCCUGAGGAGAUAAUGGACACUGGUAUAGCUCUGAUGGAAGAUGAUAGCAUUGAGGCUGUUAUUGUGGCAUCACCUAUGGCAGAUGCUAUUCCUAUGGAAACAGAACUGGAAGAAAUAGUGAACAUAAGCUCAGCCAGUGACUCUGCAACUAUAGCUCCAUCCACAGUCACUACAGAACCAGCUAUCGUGCCCAGCAAUCACUCAAGCCAAGUCACAGUGAACACCACAAUUACAAAAAUGGACACUAAUGCGACGCUAAAGCCUACCUUGCAAAGUGGCCUCCAGAAACUUGGUGCUCAGACUCCUGUCACUAUCUCAGCCAGUCCGAUUAUUCUGAACAAGGCCGCUGAUCUUAAACCUGGCAAUCAAACUAUUAAACAAGAAGGGCAAAAGCUAAUUGUGACAACUUUGGGAAAGUCUGGCCAGCCAAUUGUCUUAGCACUACCCCACAAUCAGUUACCCCAGACUCAGAAGGCCACAAUUCAGGCUCAAGCAGGAGACUCUAAGGUACCAGCCCAGCAGAUCAAAGUAGUUACUCUUGGAGGGAGGCCAGAGGUGAAGCCUGUCGUUGGUGUCUCCUCUUUGACACCAGGAAGCCAGCAGUUAAAAGCAGUACAGAUUGCUAAGAAGACCCGAACACCAACUUCUGGCCCAGUCAUCACGAAGCUGAUCUUUGCAAAACCAAUUAAUAGCAAAGCAGUUACAGGACAGACAACUCAAGUGUCUCCAGUCAUUGCAGGUAGGGUUCUUUCACAGACUGCUCCAGGAACACCAACAAAGACCAUAACCAUCUCUGACAGUGGAGUUAUUGGGUCUUCUUUAAGUUCUACAACACAACAAACACCGAAUAAAAUAGCUAUCUCCCCGCUGAAGUCCCCUAAUAAGCAGCUGACAGUGGUGUCGGUGGCCUCACAGCCUCCAAACUCCCCUCAGAAGACGGUGGGUGUUCCUCUGAAUGUAGCCUUAGGACAGCAGAUCCUCACAGUGCAGCAGUCAGCACCCUCUUCCCCUGGCAAGGCCAUAGUUAACCACACAACUGCUCAGGCUGUGAAGUCAGCAGUACAGACCAUCACUGUUGGAGGAGUGAGUACGUCUCAGUUUAAGACCAUAAUUCCCUUGGCAACAGCCCCCAAUGUUCAGCAAAUUCAGGUACCCGGAAGCAAAUUCCACUAUGUCAGACUUGUCACUGCCACAACAGCCAACAGUUCAACCCAAUCUGCCGGUCAGAAUCCUACUACCAACACACAGCCUCUUCAGCAAGCUAAGCCAGUAGUUGUAAAUGCAACUCCAGUGCGGAUGUCUGUCCCAAUAGUUCCAGCUCAGACAGUCAAACAGGUGGUGCCCAAACCAAUCAACCCAAAUUCACAGAUAGUUACUACUAGUCAGCCACAACAGAGACUUAUUAUGCCAGCUACUCCCCUGCCGCAAAUACAGCCAAACCUCACUAACCUCCCACCCGGCACUGUGUUGGCACCUGCACCAGGCACAGGAAAUGUAGGCUAUGCAGUUCUUCCAGCGCAAUACGUUACUCAGCUACAGCAGUCAUCAUACGUAUCGAUAGCAAGCAACACUGGUUUUACUGGGACAUCUAAUAUCCAGACCCAAGCAAGGUUACCGUUCAAUGGAAUUAUGCCGUCCGAAUCUGCAAACCGCCCCAGGAAGCCAUGCAACUGUACAAAGUCACUGUGUUUGAAACUGUAUUGUGAUUGCUUUGCAAAUGGUGAAUUCUGCAAUAACUGCAAUUGUACUAAUUGUUAUAACAACCUGGACCAUGAAAAUGAUAGGCAAAAAGCAAUAAAGGCCUGCCUUGAUAGAAACCCUGAAGCCUUCAAGCCUAAAAUAGGGAAAGGAAAGGAAGGGGAAUCAGAUCGGCGGCACAGCAAAGGCUGCAACUGCAAACGAUCAGGAUGUCUCAAAAACUAUUGUGAAUGCUAUGAGGCAAAAAUCAUGUGCUCCUCAAUAUGUAAGUGUAUUGGCUGUAAAAACUUUGAAGAAAGCCCAGAACGAAAGACUCUGAUGCACUUAGCAGAUGCAGCAGAAGUAAGAGUCCAGCAACAGACAGCUGCAAAGACAAAGUUAUCCUCACAAAUCUCAGACCUGUUAACUAGGCCGACCCCAGCAAUGACUAGUGGAGGGGGGAAAUUGCCAUUUACUUUUGUAACCAAGGAGGUGGCUGACGCGACUUGUGACUGUCUGCUUGCCCAGGCUGAGAGGGCUGAGAAGAUGGGCAAGUCAAAAGCCGCAGCAGAGCGCAUGAUCCUGGAGGAAUUUGGACGGUGUUUGAUGAGAGUCAUUAAUUCGGCAGGAAAGUCCAAAAGUGAGCCCUGUGCCAUGAACUGCUGACUCGUGUACAUGAGCCAGGGUAAAUUGAACUGAACAUGACAUUUAAGGCACAGGGACACUUUGGUUCACAGCAGAGGAUUUAAUACUAUUUUGUUGUUAAUUUGGUGCUUGUUUUAACCUGACUUGCAUAAUACGGAAGCAAGAAAAUCUUUUAUAAUUAGGAGUAGAUUCUUUUAAAUUUUAGCUAAAUUCUCUUCUACUCAUGACGAUGCCUAAAGGUGAAUUUUUCUUCCUGUUGUACAGCUUUUAACUUUCUUGGGUUUAGUAAGAAUUAAAUGUUUUCUUCCUCCCCCUUUCUCUAAGAAAAUUGUUCAGAGAGCCUUUAUAAAUUAUUAUUAUAAUAUAUAUUAUUUACAGUGUAUAGAGUUGUAUCACUUUGUUCAUAUGGAAGAAGCAGACACUGGCAGAAAAUAUUUUGGGCAAUAGACUGAGAAAACAGUAUCAGCAUAUCUGUGGAGGAAUUAAUACUGAAAGGAAAUCUGUAGAAAUGAGCAUCUUCACAAAUCAAUAUAUCAACUUAGCUAAAAGAAUGUCACUCUACAGCCCUGGAAGGCAAUGGAUCAGUGUUACAAAGACCAAGUUGACCAAGAUUUUUAAGCACAGAUAACAUUAAGCAGGUGGACAGUUGACCUGGGACAGCUUACAUGUUUAGCAUAGCAUAUGUUCUUAAAAACCUUGAUGAAUCUGGGUCUCAGACAUAACUUUUAAAAAGGAAUGUAUUUAUAUUUUUCUUUAAAUGAUGACAAAUUUCAUUAUCGACUUGAUGAAUCAUCUACAAUGGAAGUCGAAGGACAAAUUUGUUCAUCCAACAGCAUCGUGAGAUAAACAUCAAGCAGGAGGAUGCUGUUGUGCAUCUAGAGCUCAAUCCUGCAAAGUCCUGAUUAUCCUAGCGUCUCACUGAAACCAGGGAGAGUUUGCAGUCCUUAGCAAACUCCGAGGAUGGUGCCCUGAAACUGGUAGAAAAUGAGAUUAUUGUUGUGUAUGCUGACGCAGAAAUUGAAAUUACUGGGUGAGAGGGAACCAACCCUUGUGUUUUCCUAAUGUGGCAUGGAUUUCAGACUAGCUGCAUCCAAGUUGUUAAUCAGAGCACGUGUGAAGAUCAGACUCCGUGUACAGCUUUGGAUCUUUUUUAUGUCAUUUCUCUAAUAUUUGUGAUUCAUUAAGUGUUAUUUAGGAUUGCAAUUUGAGCCAUAGCAUGCAAAUACACUGAUGCAGAUUUCAAGGCCACCAUCAAAAACAAAUACACCUGACCUUUUUUAGUAUGGGGAAUAGUGAAGGAAUCAAAUCAGGUCAAAUACAGUUGUUUAUAGAAGGCACUUAAGGAUGGGAACUUUUUCUAGUAUUUACUACAAACAGUCCCAAAUCACAUUUUUGAUACUGCAGCACAUUUACAAACUGUUAUAGCUCUAAAUUUAAUGAAAGAGAAUAACCAUGUUUAAAUUCACAGGCAUUUAGAUAGAUAUCUUAAUCCUCUCUGUAAUUAUCACAAGAUUGAUACUUUUAUUUUCCAAAAAGGAUUUUAUUUUCUCUCCAUGUUUAACUGUGUGUAUAUAUUCUUUAACAUGUUUGUGUAUAUGUAGCAAAUACACAUAUACACAUCAGCGAAAAGGGAAUCUACUAUAUAUUAAAGUAUUUUUUUUAAUAAUUAGGAUCCAGAUUUCUAAAAUUUCAGUGCGAUAACUUUAAAUGUAGAUAGUUCAUCUUACUUUUAGUAACUCAAUAUAGUAUGUAAAGUAAGAUUUGUAUAAAUGUAAAUUAGUGUAAGUGGAUAAAGUAAUUCCUAAUCAAGUUAUUUUUCAAACAGAUUGCAAUAUACCUUCUAUAGUCUAGAACUAAAUCUGUAUUAAUUUUGUAUAUAUUCUGUGUCCUAUUCUAAAUUGCACCUUUUGUGAUGUGUAUUUAUAUACAGUGUGGAGAAAAUGUUUGUGAAACUUUGGAUUACAGUUGUAGAUUAUGUAUGAUGGCAUUGCUUGUAAAGAUUUUGAAGGUGCAAUCAAAUGCUCUUAGUUCUACUUGUUUUGAACAAGCUUUCUGAAAUAUUGAGCUUGUUUUCCCCCUGUGUAGUAUGUACUAAAUAAUUUUUGUACUUCCUUGGCCAUUUGCAACAAACUGCUGAACAAGAUUUACAGUCAAGUUAUUUUAAACAAAUCUGGGGUGGGGACAAGGUUCAUUUUCUAGUUCUGUUUACCUGACAGUAGAAAAAUUAAAUUUAUAUUUACUAGACCUAUUCAAAAAUACACUUUUCUAUAUUGUAAAAAGUCGGCUAAAUCACAAAGAAAAAUAAACAUUUAUACUAUUCUGUAAAAAUGAUCUUUGCACUUUGUUCCUUUAGAGCUGGCAAGAACAUUAACUGUUUUAUUCAAGUGCCUGAUUUAUUAAUUAGGGGCCAGGUUGUCAUCAAAGUUGUAUUCACUCAACCCCCAGAUCAGCAAAGCACUUACUUGUCAUUAAGUGUAUGAUUAAAUCCCAUUGACUUUAGUGGGAUUGGAGCACAUUCUCAAAGCAUGUAUGUGCUUAUUUACUUUCCUGAGUAAGGAUGAGCUCAAUUAUAUGCUUAAGUACUUUGAAAUGGGGCCAAAAUAUAUAUAUAUGCACAGCCAGACAUUUAAACCCGAAGGGGUAUUUUUGUAUUUUUUUACAUCACCUGCAUGAACAAGUUGUUUCUGCUCCUGUGGUGAAUGAACAUAGUCCUUGAUCUAACAAACAGCUCCAAUCAGUAUCCCAUUAAAAUUAGUGGAACUCGAUAAAAGAGUCUCUCCAUACAAAUCUGAUUGCAGCAUCAAGAAUAAAAUCAGAGGAAAUUUUGUCCACAGCCUUUGAAAAUUUGGCUAUUGGCAGUUUAUUGAAUUAAUUUUAAAAAAAUGUUAUUGAGGAUAAGGUUUCUAAGUUUGUCCUGUAAGGGUUAAAUAUGGGGAGUUUUAAAGACAAAACUAAUGCUUUCUUUCACAAAAUAAACCCAAAAAUAAAAACAGUUCUUUUUAAGUUUCCCUGAUUAUUUC